AUGGAGGCCAUCAAGCUUCAGAGAAAGUACCCUGAAUUCUCGCAAGAGGAGAUGAUGGGGCUCAUCUCGCGUUUCCGCACGCUCGACGUGGAGGAAAAGGGCAGCAUCCCAAAACAGGACGUCAUCAAGGCCAUCCAGGACCAGGGCGACGCUUCCUACGACCAGGUGCGCGAGACGCUCAAAGAGGUCGACCUCGAUGCCUCGGGCCGCGUCGAGCUCGACGACUACGUCGACCUGCUCGCAAAGAUCCGCGCAGGCCGCAACGCCUCGGCAGGCGUCGUCACCAAGGGCAAGGUCUUCGUCAAGGGCGCCACCUCCUCCACCCAGCACACCAUCAACGAGGACGAACGCUCCGAAUUCACCCGCCACAUCAACUCCAACCUCGCCGGCGACGCCAACAUCGGCGCACGCCUCCCCAUCCCCACCGACACCUUCCAGCUCUUCGACGAGUGCCGCGACGGCCUCGUCCUCUGCAAGCUCAUCAACGACUCGGUGCCAGACACGAUCGACGAGCGCGUCCUCAACUUUGGCAAGGCGGGCAAGCCCCCCAACGCCUUCCAGAUGACCGAGAACAACAACAUCGUCAUCACCUCCGCCAAGGCCAUCGGAUGCUCCGUCGUCAACAUCGGCCCGCAGGACAUCAUCGACGGCAAGGAGCACCUCAUCCUCGGCCUCGUAUGGCAGAUCAUCCGCCGCGGCCUCCUCAGCAAGAUCGACCUCAAGAAUCACCCCGAGCUCUACCGCCUCCUCGACGACGGCGAGACGCUCGACGAGUUCCUGCGUCUGCCGCCCGACCAGAUCCUUCUUCGUUGGGUCAACUACCACCUCAAGGCGGCCAACUGGCACCGUCGCGUCGCCAACUUCAGCAAGGAUGUCUCGGACGGCGAGAACUACACGGUGCUGCUCAGCCAGCUCAAGCCGGAGCUGUGCGACCGCGCACCUUUGCAGCAGACCGACGUCAUGCAGCGUGCCGAGAUGGUGCUCCAGCGCGCCGACGCCAUCGGCUGCCGCAAGUACCUCACGCCCGGCUCCAUGGUCGCGGGCAACCCCAAGCUCAACCUCGCGUUCGUUGCGCAUCUCUUCAACACGUGGCCGUGUCUCGAGCCGUUGGACGAGGCGCCGCCCGUCGAAAUCGAGGACUUUGACGCCGAGGGCGAGCGCGAGGCGCGCGUCUUUACGCUCUGGCUCAACAGUCUCGACGUCGAGCCGGGGGUGUACAACCUGUUUGAGGAUCUCAAGGAUGGUACGGUGAUUCUGCAGGCGUUUGACCGCGUGAUUCCUGGUAGUGUCACGUGGCGCCGCGUAAGCAAGCCCAAGGAGGGCCAGGAGCUGUCGCGCUUCAAGGCGGUGGAGAAUACCAACUAUGCGGUGGAUCUGGCCAAGGCGUCCAACAUGCACAUUGUGGGCAUCCAGGGGGCGGAUAUCGUCGACGGUACGCGUACGCUUACGCUCGGGCUCGUGUGGCAGCUCAUGCGCCUCAACAUCACCAAGACGCUCUCGUCGCUCUCCAAGGCCGGCCGCGGCGUGUCGGACGCCGACAUGGUCGCGUGGGCAAACAACCUCGUCAAGGCGAGUGGCAAAACAACCCAGAUUAGGUCGUUCAAGGAUGGACAGCUCAGGACGGCCGUGUUCUUCCUCGAUCUGCUCAAUGCGCUGCGUCCGGGCAUUGUCGACUACUCGCUCGUCAACCAGGGUCGCACCGACGACGAGGCGAGGAUGAACGCCAAACUCGCCAUCUCGAUCGCACGCAAGCUCGGCGCUCUCAUCUUCCUCGUGCCCGAAGACAUUGUCGAGCUCAGGCAGAGACUCAUCCUCACCUUUGUCGGCUCGCUCAUGGCGAUUCAGUCGUAG